UCUUCAUCUCUCUUUCUCUCUCUUUCUUUCUUCAGCUUAUUGUUCACAGUAGGGUUGCAGCAGAUAAACGCCACCACUUCACUGCUCUCACCAGUCUCUCUCUCUCUCACAACACUAAACCAAGCCGGUCUAACCAAACUCUCUCUCUCUUUCAAAGCUUCAUCUCCCUCGCAAUGGGCGCCUCUCUCCCUCCCAAAGAGGCUAACCUCUUUAAACUCAUCGUCAAAUCAUAUGAAACUAAACAAUAUAAGAAGGGAUUGAAGGCAGCCGAUGCUAUACUGAAAAAGUUUCCAGAUCAUGGAGAAACGCUAUCCAUGAAGGGGUUGACAUUGAAUUGCAUGGACCGCAAGUCUGAAGCAUAUGAGCUUGUCCGUGUGGGAGUGAAGAAUGACAUCAAGAGUCAUGUUUGCUGGCAUGUCUAUGGUCUCUUGUAUCGGUCUGACAGAGAAUAUAGAGAGGCAAUCAAAUGCUAUAGGAAUGCAUUGAGAAUAGAUCCAGACAAUAUUGAAAUACUGCGGGACCUGUCCCUGUUGCAGGCACAGAUGCGGGAUCUGGCAGGAUUUGUUGAGACUAGACAACAACUUCUGACUUUGAAACCAAAUCAUCGCAUGAACUGGAUUGGGUUUGCAGUUGCCCAUCAUUUAAACUCCAAUGGUUCCAAAGCAGUUGAAAUUCUAGAAGCGUAUGAGGGGACUCUUGAAGACGAUUAUCCUCCUGAUAACGAACGUUGUGAGCAUGGUGAAAUGCUGUUGUACAAGAUAUCUUUGUUAGAAGAGUGUGGCUCCCUUAAGAGAGCUCUUGAGGAGUUGCACAAGAAAGAGUUAAAAAUUGUUGACAAAUUGGCUUACAAAGAGCAAGAGGUUUCUCUUUUAGUGAAGCUUGGUCUCCUAGAAGAAGCUGCUAAGUUGUACAGGGUGUUACUCUCCAUGAAUCCCGACAAUUAUAAAUAUUAUGAAGGCCUGCAAAAAUGUGUUGGGCUGUAUUCUGAAAAUGGAAACUAUUCUUCUGAUGAAAUUGACCAAUUAGAUUCCUUAUACGAAUCCCUUGGGCAGCAAUACACUUGGUCAUCUGCUGUGAAGAGAAUUCCGCUUGAUUUUCUACAAGGUGACAAGUUUAGGGAAGCUGCAUUCAAUUAUAUUAGGCCCCUCCUAACCAAGGGAGUUCCUUCAUUGUUCUCUGAUCUUUCUCCUUUAUACGGUCAACCUGGCAAGGCAGACAUUCUUGAGCAUCUUAUUCUUGAGUUGGAGCAUUCAAUUAGGACAACUGGGAGAUGCCCUGGGAGGGAAGAAAAAGAGCCCCCUUCAACACUUAUGUGGACUUUGUUCUUCUUAGCUCAGCAUUAUGACAGGCGAGGCCAAUAUGAUGUUGCUCUGUCAAAAAUAGAUGAGGCUAUAGAACACACUCCUACUGUGAUUGAUUUGUACUCGGUCAAGAGUCGGAUAUUGAAGCAUGCGGGUGAUUUGGCUGCGGCUGCUGCAUUGGCAGAUGAAGCUAGGUGUAUGGAUCUUGCAGAUAGAUAUGUAAAUAGUGAAUGUGUAAAGCGUAUGCUACAAGCUGAUCAGGUGGCUUUGGCAGAAAAAACUGCUGUAUUAUUCACAAAAGAUGGAGAUCAACACAACAACCUUCAUGACAUGCAGUGCAUGUGGUAUGAACUUGCUUCUGGUGAAAGCUACUUCCGCCAAUGUGAUCUUGGGCGGUCUUUGAAGAAAUUUUUAGCUGUGGAGAAGCACUACGCUGAUAUUACUGAAGAUCAAUUUGACUUCCAUUCUUAUUGCUUAAGGAAAAUGACUCUACGUGCCUAUGUGGAGAUGCUCAAAUUUCAAGAUCGGUUGCAUUCACAUGCUUAUUUUCACAAAGCUGCAGUCGGAGCUAUCAGAUGCUAUAUAAAAUUGUAUGAUUCUCCUCCGAAGUCAACCAAUGAAGAAGAUGAUGAUAAGGCGAACUUGCUUCCUUCUCAGAAAAAGAAACUGAAGCAAAAACAGCGUAAGGCUGAAGCCCGAGCUAAAAAAGAGGCAGAGAUAAAAAAUGAAGAAUCUAGUUCUAGUGGUGUCUCCAAGUCUGGCAAACGACAUGUGAAACCUGUUGAUCCAGAUCCACACGGAGAGAAGCUGUUGCAGGUUGAAGAUCCAUUGUUGGAAGCUACAAAAUACUUGAAAUUGCUUCUGAAGAACUCGCCUGAUUCUUUGGAAACACACUUGCUUUCUUUUGAAGUAAAUAUAAGAAAGCAGAAGAUUCUGCUUGCCUUUCAGGCUGUAAAGCAAUUGUUAAGGUUGGAUGCUGAGAAUCCCGAAUCACAUUGCUGCUUGAUUAGAUUCUUCCAUACAGUAGACUUGAUGAGUGCUCCUGUGACUGAUGCUGAGAAACUCAUUUGGAGUGUCCUAGAAGCAGAGCGGCCGGCUAUCAGUCAAUUGCAGGACAAAUCUCUGAUUGAGGCGAACAAGUUUUUCCUUCAUAAACAUGAAGAUUCGUUGAUGCAUAGAGUUGCAGCUGCAGAAAUGCUAUAUGUACUUGAACCUAGCAAAAAAUCUGAAGCUAUUAAAUUAAUUGAAGAUACAACCAACAACUUGGUUCCAACUAAUGGAGCACUUGGACCAGUCAAGGAAUGGAAACUCAAAGACUGCAUUGCAGUCCACAAUCUCCUUAAAAAUGUUCUUGCAGACCAAGAUGCUGCAUUGAGAUGGAAAGUGCGUUGUGCUGAGUAUUUCCCAUAUUCAACCUUUUUUGAAGGCAACUGUGCUGGCAAGUCCACCAUAGCGCACAAUGAAACAUUAGUAAACCCUGAAAAUGGUGGUGCAAUCCAUAAUGGAGUUAAUCAAAGUGCAGAUGCCAUUGCAUCAAAUGGAAAACUCGAGGCAUUCAAGGACCUGACAAUUGGAACAUAAUGUUGAAUGCAUUUAGAAUCUGACAUACCUGCAAUUCCAGCAUAUGUUGAGUGGUUAAUCAUAUAUAACUAAGGUGCAGCUCAAAGAUAUACCCAGAGGAGAACAGUCUGCUGCUAUUGGAGGAUCAUUCUGAGGUCUUGUUUGAGUCACCAAUCCUUUCUACCUAUUGCACUAGGAUUAAAUUUUCGUUUUUCUACUUGGCCUGAUAGUGAAUUGCAUUCCUUCGCAAAUGUGUAUAAUUUCUUUUUAUUGUGUUUUAGGUUUGAUAUCUUUAUUUACUCACUAUUUGGUGAGAUCCUAUAGAUCCUAGAGAAACGAUGGCUCCAUGGUUUUGCACCAAUACUUAAGCUUAUUCUGUGUUUUAGGGCUACGGGGAAGCAUUAUAGAUUUUUUUUUCUCUCUUUUCGGGCCCAACAAUGGGUCAAAUUAGAACAAAAGCUGGUAGAUCUGAUUUUCAGAGCAUGUUGUACUUUUCCCAUUUCAUUAACCGUUUAUCAUGUAUAAACAUUACAUUGUGAAAAAUUUUGCGAAUGAAUUCAUGUCAAGCCACAAUAAUCAGUUUUGGUGUUGCUUGUAAUUUUA